UAUAACUUCUAACUACAGGAGAUAAAAAAUGUACCUAGUCAUCACUUCCAUUGUUGGCCACAUCCCUGACGCAUUUAUUGUGUAAAUUCCUGUAGUUACCAUGGCCAUGGUGCAUCCAAUCAAGAUUCACUGUAGUAUUUCUUUGUAGGGCUGUGCCAUACAAAGAAAUGGAUACAGCAUUUGUUCUUUCCUGACUAUUGUUUUCUUUUCUUUUUUCCCCUGGCCUGGUCAAAGAUAAUGAGCAAAAAGGUUAAACAUUGAUGGACUAGAUUAUGUUAAACAAUCUUGUGAGUAACAUUUGUGAGCAGAGGUUUUCAUUCGGGGCACCAUGGUGGACUUCGGAGAUAUGCUGAGGGCUGCUGGAGACUUUGGAUUAUUUCAGAAGAUUCUACUCAUAGCCAUAUGGAUCCCCUUCCUUUUACUAUCGUUUAUCUUUGCCAGCGUAAUUUUUGUGGAAUCAGACCCGGAGCGCCACUGUAACACGGACUGGAUCCUGGGGGCCGGUCCCAACCUGACAGAAGAGGAGCAGCUGAACCUGACCGUUCCCCGGGAGCCAGACGGCUCCCUCAGCCGGUGUCUGAUGUACGCUCCGGUGAACUGGACCCUGGACUCCAUCCGCCAGUAUGGCCUGAACCACACCACCGCCUGCCGGGACGGAUGGGUGUACGACCAGACCCUGUACCAGGCCACCAUAGUCACCGAUUUUGAUCUAGUUUGUGACAAGGCGAACGUGGUGGAGGUGGCCCAAACGGUGUUGGGGGCCGGCAUUCUUAUCGGUUCGCUACUGUUCGGACCUUUAGGAGAAUCGUUUGGACGCAGACGGACCAUUCAGAUUCCAGUGAUGUUCCUAUUUAUAUUCACGGUCAUAAGUGGCCUUAGUCCCAACUACUACUUAUAUCUGGCCUCCCAGUUUGGGGCGGGCGUGGGCUAUGGGGGCUCCCGGAUGAACGCCAUCGUGUUGAUGACUGAGUGGAUAGGGAUAACCAAGCGCUCCCUGGGCGCGUGUGGGGGCCAGUUCUCUGGGGCUGCCGGGCUGGCGUGUAUGUCGGGGAUCAUCUACCUAAUCCGUGAUUGGAGGCUGGCUCAGUUGGUCAUGGCGGCGCCGAUGGGCCUGGUUGCUGUCUACAUAUGGUUUAUCCCGGAGUCGGCCCGCUGGCUGCUGGACAGGGGGAGGACAGAGGAGGCCAAAGAGUUGAUCCUCAAAGCAGCGGCCAUCAACAGACGCACCGUUCCAGAAUCCCUAUUCGAAAAGAUUGCAGUGAAUAAGACUGUGGAGAAAGGGGGCAUAAGGGUCCUUAUCACAUCACCUGUGCUUCGAAAAAGCUUCCUGAUCUUAACAUUAUCAUGGUUUGCAGUGAACCUCACCUUUAACUGCCUCUCGUUUAACGUGGGGAAGUUUGGGCUGGACAUCUUCCUGACCCAGAUGCUGUUCGGAAUCACGGAGUUACCGGCUCAUUUGCUGUGCUUCUGGCUGUUGGAGCUCGCAGGCAGGAAGUUAUCCCUGAUGUUCACCCUCCUGGUGGGGGGUCUAGUGUGCCUCAGCAUCCUGGCUGUUCCCGCAGGAAACGCCAUCGCUGUGACCGUGUUGGCCAUCCUGGCGCGGAUCCUUAUGAUCUUGGGUUCGAGCAUAUGCAGCGUUUACAUUCAGGAGCUGUUUCCCACGUCCGCGAGACAUACUGCAGCUGGACUAGGGAGCCUAGCAACUAGAGUGGCGGGGCUGUUGGCUCCCUCAGUCAACCUGCUGGCGCUAUACCACUGGUCCAUACCCAUCUCAGUGUUCAGCAGCCUCACCCUGCUGGGUGGAGCCCUCAUCUCCCUGCUCCCAGAGACGUGCGGGAGAGAGCUGGCAGACUCCACCGCACAGGCUGAGAUCCAGAGUGAUGGAGCCAAAAUGGCGAAGGGAAGAAGGUCUAUCACUGAUGAACACACUGCUGUUAUUAGCUCAAGCAAACUCUAGGCUCACGGCCACAUGACCACCACCACCUUCAAGAUCAAAUUAUCGUGUGUGUGUGUGUGUGUGUGUGUGUGUGUGUGUGUCUGUGUGUGUGUGUGUGUGUGUGUGUGUGUGUGUGUGUGUGUGUGUGUGUGUGUGUGUGUGUGCGUCUGUCUGUCUGUCUGUCUGUCUGUCUGUCUGUCUGUCUGUCUGU